CAGUUUUGACAUUGACACUUUUGAUAUCGCCGUUUUAAAUGUUUUGCAACUUUUUAAAUUUUAAAGAAUUUAAUUUUUUUUUAUGCCACACUUUUAACUUUUAUAUUAUAUUUAUCAUUAUUUUCUAUGUAUGAUUUGUUUUAAAAGUUUUAAACCAUGUCUGGAGAAAUAGCAAAAUUUCUUAAAGAACAGAAACUACUAAUUAUUCAAGAAAAGAAACGAUUAGGAUUCUCUCAAAGUGAAGAUAUUUCCAAAAUAAAUGUUGGAAACUUAAAACAUGAGGAAAAUUGUGAUAAUGAUGUUACAUGGAACAAUAAGUGCGAACAAUCACUGGAAGAAAACAAAGAAAAUGUUCAGUUAAAUUCCAAUUGUGUCUUAGUACAAAACGAUAACAAAACUCUGCCACUUGUCGAACCACUCGAUAUAACUAGUAAAAGUGAUAGUAACGACGUUUCAGUAGAAGACAGAAAACAAGCUUUUAUUAAUAAACUUGUUAGUUCUGAGAUUCCACUUACUGAUAGAUCGAAUGAUUGCGUUAAAAGUGCGAUGUUGCGGUUUGGCGAAUACAGCCCAAACAACCCGCAAGUAAGAGUCACUGCCGCGCCGUAUUUGGGUCUAGGAGAAUAUGAACAAAGGAGGAAUUAUUUCUUGCAGAAACAGAGGGCUGAUUAUUUGACGCAUCUGGCGAAGCAACAAGACAGUUUAAAAGAAUUGUCAACGAAAAUUAAUUCUAAUCACGAUAGAGAUAGAAAUAAACCCACAGUUAAAAGAUUAAAUUCGCAUCCAUCAACGGUAGAUAAAUUUGAAAAAAGCGUGCAAACCGAUAUUCAGAAUAUUAAAACUCAGUUACUUCAGUAUGACUUGCAAGGUCAAAGAAUUCAAGAGAAGGAGCUGAGUCCUUGUGCGCUUAGCGAGGAUUAUUAUAUGAAAAAUAAUCGAAAUUUAGCGCCAUUUAGAGUAGACCAGAGAUUAACUAGUGCUCAAAAUGCCUUAUUAAAGAGUGAAAUGGACAAACCGAAAAGCAUUUUGUCAAAUAGAAAGACAGGUAGUCCUAGAGAAAGAUUGAUGUCAGACCUUUACAGUUCCAGCUUCACGGACGGCUUCGGUUAUCGCGAAUCCAGAGCGGACGAACUCGAACGGGAGCGGAUGAAACGCGACGCUUAUCAGCGUGAAUUGCGACUUCAGAUUGAAGAAAAGAGAAUGAUGCAACAAAUGCGGGAGGAACAGGAGAGGCGAGAAAGGGAUUUGGAGAACAAGAGGUUGGAGCAACAGUUGCUCAGAAUGCAGGAGGAGAGAUUGGUGGAGGAUCAGUUAAGUGUUCAUAGACAAGAACAGAUGAGGAGACAUAGCGAAGAUAUGUUGAGGCGCAAGCAGGAGCUACAAUCAACAAGGUACAGUUUCCGCAAACACGCCAAUUCCGAAUGCAGUAUUCGUAACAAUCCUACCGAUAUUUCUUCCAAAUCACUCUCUCAUUAUUCGCCGCCAGUUUCUAGACGUAAUCCGUAUUCGUUCAACAUUCCAUCCACAUCUGUGUUCCCGGAAUCAUCGUCAAGUAGAUACAACCCGAAUCGUUUCGACUGUUAUACUCGAAGGGAUACUUUAAAACGUAUGGACUCUCUAAAUUCAUAUGAGCCUCCAAGCAGGCACCACACCUUUAGUCGUUUUGACUCGUUGAGCCGAAUAGACUCGCUAGCCAAUCGAAUGGAAGUGUUGAGUCUCAGAGAUUAUAAUGGAGACAGUCAACGAAGGCACAGUGCUACACAGCAGGACCUCAGUCUACUUAGGAGGAGUCCGAGGUUACAAAGAAGGAGUAGUUCCGGUAGGUUUGAGGAUCCUCUACCAGUUCCAGUAUUAAAAGCACAUUCGCCUGUUGCCAAAGAAUUAAAGAACUCGAUUCCAUACAGUUCUAGACAGAGUUCAGAUGCAAUUAGACGACUGGAAGAUAGGUGGCAGAUCCCCGCCGUUCAAAAAAAUGUUAUGAAUCACACGGAUUCAACACUAGGUGGCCAAAACCGAAGUAUAUUAACUCAGCUUGGUGCGAUUCGAAUGCAGCUUCAGCAAGAGCAGCUGCGGAUGGACGAAUCUUUGAGGAGACGAGAUAUUACACAAUCUAAGGCUGUUGAUUUUCUUUGAAAAUAUUUAAUAACCAAAAGUUUACAUCGAG